CCAAAUUGCAAUUGCCAGAAGUGGAGAGUACAGCGGCAGUGGGAAGCUGGAAAAUAGCGCAAGCCGCAGGGAAACCCUCAAAAUGCAACGCACUGCGCUCAUGUAGAAUUCUACUUUGUUUCGUAAGCGAUUGGAAAGAGACCGUAGUGUCUAGACGUAGACAGAUUCGAGCAGGCGAUUGGUACUCCCGCCAGAAGUGUUCGCCAUGUUUGUCCAGGAUCUGCGCAACGACUUUUACCGACAGCUGGUUGGCAAGCGGAUCUUGAUCGUGGUCAACUACGACAUCGAUGCCAUCUGCGCCAGUCGCAUCCUGCAGGCCUUGUUCAAGUACGAUCACAUGCUGUACACCGUGGUGCCCAUAAUGGGCGUUACGGGUCUGAAGCGGGCAUAUGAAGAGCACCAGGGCGACGUUAAGUACGUGGUGUUGGUGAACUGCGGCGGCUGCGUGGAUAUUGUGGAGCUCCUGCAGCCGGCGGACGAGGUAACCUUCUUCAUCUGCGACUCACAUCGCCCGUUGGAUGUGUGUAACAUCUACAGCGAUCGGCAGGUGUGUAUCUUGGGGGAUGCCUCAUUGGAGGAGAAUAUUCCAGCGUUCGAGACCAUUUUCUAUGACUCCGAAGGGGAAGACGAGGAUGAGGACGAGUCCUCUGACCCGGAACAGCAGCACGACGACAGUGGUGCCGGGGAAUCGGACCAGGAGGAUCAGGCGCCAAGGAGCCGUAAGCUUAGUCGCCUGGAGCGGCACGAGCAGCGCAUCCUGAAGCAGCGAGCCCGCCGACAGUGGGAGUCUGAGCGCGACAGGAUUAUGUUCGAGUACACGCAGUUCAGCUACUACGGCAGAUCCGCUGCUUUGAUGGUUUUUGAGUUGGCCUGGAAGCUCUCAAAAGACAACAUGGACCUACUCUGGUGGGCCAUUGUGGGCAUCACGGAGCAGCUGCUGCUGGGCAAGAUCGAGAGUGGAGCGUACACUUUGGAGCUGGAGGAAAUCCAGUCGCAUGUGUCCCGACUGACGAACAAAACGAACGAUCAGAACACGAUGAGUGCCUCCAAGAUAACCUUCGAGAAUGAUUUGCAUCUGGUCUUGUACCGCCACUGGCCCGUCACGGAAUCCAUGAGGUAUUCCCGCUACUCCUCAUGCCAGCUGAAGCUGUGGACACUGCGCGGAGAAAAGAGAUUACACGAGCUGCUGCUCGAGAUGGGACUGCCCUUGGUGCACGCCCGCCAAACGUACGGAGCCAUGGAUUUAGUGUUGCGCAAGGAGUUCUUCUCGAUGGUGGAGCGCCUGGCGGAGAAGUACGACAUAGCGGACAUAGUUUACGGCACCUUUACGCUGAGCUACGGCUACCGCAGCAGAUACGCUGCGGCGGACUACGUUUAUGCCCUGCUCGCCAUCAUGGAGUCCGUGAAGAAGCACAAGACUCCAGAGGAUUGCUUUCUGGAGGCCUCGGAUGCUUUGAGUCGUCAGCACAAGCAGCUGCUGUCUGCAGGCAUCGACCAGGCCAAGCUUUUACAUGCUGCUGUCUUUCGGCAGGUGCAGAGCAGCUUGGAGGCACGCCAAGUUCAUUCAGCAGGCUCCUUUUUCUACUACGUUCUGCAGGAGGAACACGCGUUCUUCUCAUACCCCUAUGCCCUUGGACUGCUGGCUCGCUUUCUUUUGCGCGGACAUGUGGCCACGAGUAGAGCCAGGCAGGCUCCGGACUUGCCGCUGAUCGCAAGUUGUCCCCUGAACGCUUCGGAAGGCAUGUGCUUGCUGGUAGGCAUUGUCCCGGUGAGGGAAGAUUCUCCGCGAAACUUCUUUGGCAAGGCCUUCGAGCAGGCGGCGCAAAAGAGUGGGGUUGCUCUAUUGCAGGACUUUUUCGAGCCAGCGGUGGUGCAGCUGCGACAGAGCGACCUUACCCGCUUUCUGGACUCCCUCACGGUGCUCUUAGCCUGAUCCACGCCGCCUUUUAUUCUACCUGCUACCGACAUCCCUGCUCAAUCAUAUUAUGUGCGAAGCUAGUUUUACACUUAGUUUAAGAUUUUACCAAACCCUAUUUAUGUACGAUUGUGUGUUAAUAACUUUAUCAUUGCGCUUAGGACCACAAAAUACAAAUUAAAUGUCCUUUUUCAAAAACUAA